UGAUAAGACCUUAUCUCUACAGAAAUUUAUUUUCGGAAAAUACAGCGGGCCCGAAAACCGCUAUUGGAGUUUUUGUGAUGUAACCGCGAAGUGUACACGCCAUUUCAAUAGAGAGCAAAAAAAAAAAUAGAAAGAAAAUGGUUUGCACGAAAAAGAUCGUUGUGAUUGCAAGUUUUGUGAUUCUGGCACUCAUUUUCAUUGUGUACAACAGUUCCAGUAAUUCACCGGAAGCUAGGCGGUCGGAUGAAGCUCCUUGCAUAAUUUAUACGUCACCCGAAAUCGAAAGUCGUCACGACACUCUAGGUCCGCACGACGUUCAAGGUUCUUACGAAAGUGCAGAUGUAGUUCCAAAUCAAAUAUUAAUUUACACGAAGUACUACGGCGCCGAAUGGAACGACAUCUUUACCGGCGAGCCCCUUUUCAAAAAUAAUCGUUGCACUUACACCACCAAUCCCAGUGACCUGAAGACAUCGCCGCUAGUUCUGUUCCAUUUACGCGACGUCACAAAAGACGCCCAUCUGCCGACGGUAAAAGUGCCGAACCAGAAAUGGGUCGUCUACAACAUCGAAUCACCGAUAGUGAACCGAAAGUACGAUGCCUACACUUUCUAUAAGAAAAUAUCUCCCCAAUUCGACAUUGCCAUGACCUAUCGCCUGGAUGCAGACAUACCGAUACCGUACGGCAGUGUUGAACGUCGUGUGAAUUCAACGGAAGUGACCGGUGAGAUAAAUUUCAAAGAAAAAUCGAAAAUGAUCGCAUGGUUCGUGUCCAACUGCAAUUCAUUGUCGAAGCGAGAGAUUGUGGUAAAGAAGAUGCGAAGACUGAUCCCUGUCGACGUGUAUGGUCACUGUGGCAGUCUCAAAUGUCCGAUAGUGGACGAGAGGGCUUACAAGAACGAAAUGUGCUACGAAAUGCUGUCGAAAAGCUACAAAUUCUACUUGGCCUUCGAAAAUUCCAUUUGCGUCGACUAUGUAACCGAAAAGUUGUACAACAUUUUGAAUUACGACGUCAUACCCAUCGUCUAUGGAGGGGCCAACUACUCGAAUUUAUUGCCGUACAAUUCGUACAUCGACGUGAUGAAUUUCACAUCGCCCGAGAAAUUGGUCAAUUAUUUGCAGUACGUUGGCAGCAACGAAUCGGUUUACAAAUCAUAUUUCGAGUGGCGUAAGGACUUUCAAGUCGUGUCCAGGUUUCCAGACAAGCUUUGCGAUUUUCUGUUAAAUAACGAAUCGAUGGCCGCAGUCACGAAAAGGAAUUUCUUCGAUUGGUGGUUCCAGGACACGUGCAGAGAAACAACCAUUUGGUAGAACAAUACAAAUGGAAUCGAGAUGUGGCCAAUUGAAUCGCCGAGCAUCGACGGACGGUCUUCGACUACAGCCAUAAACUAACUGCAUAAUAUUAGUCGAAGGUUCUCAUCAUUUGCACGGCGGAACUACUUCCCGCCAAAUCAUUGGGAGAUGCGGUUCCGAAGAAAGAAUUAUCGAACGCACUCAAAUCACGUUCCUUCCUAACGUUCGUAUUACCAGCGCAACGUGCAAAGUCAGAUCGGAUUUCUACAAUUUAUUUGCGAAAAUGCAACAGCACGGAUCAGAUGAAUCUCAGCUCGCAUCGAGUUCAGUAUCAAUAAAUAUUAUUAUUGUUGGUGGAAAUAUUUC